CAUCAGUCAGCGUCAUGGGAGUCAUGUGAUGUCCUGUCAUGUGGCGCAUUCACUUCCUACUGAUUUGCUCCACAGCAGAUAGACCGCCGUAUCAUGUCGUCUUAGGCUCCACAGACCGCUACCCGCCGCUGUAAACAUGUUUUUUCAGUGUAAAUCUACUCGUUUCUCGCCUCUGAAGCUGGUUCUUUGGUCAGUGGCGUAUCUGGGAUGUUUGUCGGUCCGGUCCGGAGCGGAGGAGGACAGCAGCAGCCCGUGGUACCAGGACCUCUGCAGUUUUAAAUGGGAGGCUAUUGACCAGGACAAUAACGUUAGCUACACGCUAAAGCUCUGUGAGUCUUCACCGUUGACCAGCUGUGGACCCAGCACCGCUGUCUGCGCCCGGAACUCCACCAGCAAAGUAAACCAGUCUGUCGGUGAGCUGUCGCUGCGGACGCUCUCUGGCAAGGUGCUGGAUUACAACAGCACAGAAAAAUGUCUGGGAAGCGGCAACAACGUCAAGACCAGCAUCAGCUUCCAGUGUGGGAAAACCAUGGGGACCCCGGAGUUUGUCGCCAUGUCCGAGUGUGUGCAUUACUUCGAGUGGAGGACAUUCACCGCCUGCAACAAAGAUAAAUUCAAGCCACACAAAGAGGUGCCCUGCUAUGUGUUCGACUCGGACGGUAAGAAGCACGACCUCAGCCCUCUGAUCAAAGUGAACGAUGGCUAUCUGGUGGACGACGGUGACGACAGCAUCGACUUCUACAUCAACAUCUGCCGGAGUCUCAACAAACCAGACAAAUCGUGUCCAGAGGGAUCUGCAGCCUGUCUGGUCACCAGUAAUGUCUCCUACGACAUGGGCUCUCCUAUUACACAGCUAGAGCUGUUAUCCAACGACAGACUGAAGUUGCACUACGAAACUGCUGCUGAUUCAGCUCCUCCGGACAUCUGCAAUGGACACACACCUGCCGUCACCAUCACUUUCAUUUGUCCGUCAAGCAGACAUUCAGGCAGCACUCCUAAGAUGACAGCAGAGUCGAACUGUCGCUACGAGGUGGAGUGGGUGACUGAGUACGCAUGUCACAGAGACUACCUAGAGAGCCACACCUGCAAACUGACCAGCGAACAGCACGACAUCUCCAUAGACCUAACACCUCUCACCUUGAGCUCCACAGACCUUCCGUACUACGCACACUCUGGGUCCAGUGACGGUGAUGACAGCUACGUCUACUACCUGAACGUGUGUGGAGAAAUCAACACUCCUGAAUGUGGCAAACACCAGUUCAUGUCAUCCUGCCAGGUGAAGAAGUCCGAAGAUGUGCGCAAGGUGGCUGGAAAAUAUCAGAACCAGACAUUACGUUAUUCAGAUGGAGAUCUGACUUUGAUCUACCCAGACGGUACCAGAUGCUCCUCCGGCUUCCAGAGAAUGACCAUCAUCAACUUUGAGUGCAACAAUAAUGCAUCCAACGGCGGGCGAGGGAAUCCAGUUUUUGCAGGCGAAACAGACUGCACUUACUACUUUGACUGGGAGACGGCCUUCGCCUGCGUCAAGGAGAAAGAGGAUCUGCUGUGUCGAGUCAGAGACGACAACAAACACUACGACCUUUCACCCCUCACAAGAUACCCUGGGUCAGAUGUCGGUGGGAACUGGGAGGUGGUAGAUGCUAAAUCUCCAAAGCCGGACUCACGUUUCUACCUGAAUGUCUGUCACAAAGUCAUCCAGACAGGAGCCGCUGCCGUCUGCCCGGUGAAUGCCUCCAUCUGUGCCGUGGAUAAGGAUCAUAGGGCCAUCAGCCUAGGCAGUUUCCGCUCAUCUCCCCAGAAGACUAAAAUAGGAAAUGACAUCAGACUGGUGUAUACCGACGGAAGUUUUUGCAUCAAUAAGAAGACGAGGAUCCAAACUAUCCUGACCCUUAAGUGUAAACCAGGAGAUCUGGAGAGCGCUCCCGUUCUUCGCAGUGUCUCGUCUGACGGAUGUGUGUACGAGUUGGAGUGGUACACUGCCGCCGCCUGCGUCCUCUCGAAGACACAGGGAGACGACUGCAAAGUGGAGGACCCUCAGGCUGGGUUCUCUUUCGACUUGUCGCCUCUCUCCAAAGCCGACGGUGGCUUCUACAACCUGUCCAGCGGCAACUACGACUACUACAUCAACGUGUGUGGUCCCGUCAAGGCUGCCAAGUGUCCUGAAAAGGCCGGAACAUGCCAGGUCGAAAAGAGUUCUUGGAGUCUCGGGGAAGCGAACUCCCACCUGUCGUACUACGACGGCCUGAUCCAGCUGACCUACAGUAACGGCUCCCAGUACAACAACAAAGAACACACUCUCAGGUCCACUGUCAUCUCUUUCCUCUGUGACCCAGAAGCUGGAGCUGGUUAUCCCGAAUUCCAGGUUGAGGACAAGUUCACCUAUAACUUCCGCUGGUAUACAUCCUACGCAUGUCCUGAAAGGCCUCAUGAGUGUCUGGUGACAGAUCCCAGCACUCUUGAGCAGUACGACUUAUCCAGCUUGUCACGCUCCAGCUCCAGUAGCAACUGGCUGGCCAUGGAUUUGUCCGACACCAUGAACCUUAAGAAGUACUACAUCAACAUAUGCCGGCCUAUCAACGCCAUACCAGGCUGCGACCGCCAUGCAUCCGUCUGCCAGAUGAAGUACAUAUCCAAGCAGGGCUCUCCGAAGGAGGUUGUCUCAAUCAGUAACAUGGGUAUUUCUAAGCGAGGGCCGAUCAUCGAGGGGCGGGACAAGCUGCUGCUUGAGUUCACAGACGGCUCCGUGUGCAUGUCAGAGGGCCAGAAGCUCACAUACACUACACGCAUCCACCUGGUCUGCUCCAAAGGAACUGUGUCAAUGGGCCCGCGGUUCCUGAUGUACCAGAACUGUACUGCCAACUUCAUGUGGGAGACCAGGGCAGCCUGCGCGAUCAAAACCACCACGAACAAUAGCUGUGCUGUGGUGGAUCCCAACACUGGCUUUGAGUUCAACCUUCAGCUUUUGGCUUCUAAGACUGGAUACAAGACAAAUGCGAAUGGCAAGGACUUCCUGGUGAACAUCUGCUCUGACGUGGCAGAAUGCGGACCGGGCGUGGCCGGCUGUGAGCUGGAUGAAGGGCGUCCGACCAGCCCAGUGGGGGUGGAGAAGACCCUCCAGUACUCCACCGAUGGCCUUCUCACACUAACGUAUAAGGGAACCCUGGAUGAGCCAACAGCAACCCGGGACACCUUCACCAUUAAUUUCGUGUGUGAUCCAACCUCUCACCCCGGCUCACUAAAACUGCUGCGAGAGGACCUGAGUUCUUUAUCCAACCACGUGGUCCACAACGCGUUCUUUGAGUUCUCCACCGCUCUGGCCUGUGUCCCUGCUCCAGUUGACUGCCAGAUCAUUGAUUCCCAUGGUAAUGAGUAUGACCUAAGGCACCUGAUCCGGGACACAGAUGACAGCCCCUGGAUCGCCAUAGAUACAGAUGCUGUGAAAUCACGCAGCUUUUACAUCAACGUCUGCAAACCUCUCCCUCCAGUGAGCGGCUGUCCAGUGGGUCCUCUGGGUGCCUGUGGCAUAAUAGAUGGGAAGAGUUCCAACCUGGGAUACAUCCAGUCCAGCCCGCAGGCAGCGGAGGACGGCUCCAUCAGCAUCGUGUACCAGAACGGAGACCGGUGCAGUUCUGCAUCCCGCUACUCAACGCGCAUCAUCUUGCAAUGUGAUGACAAUCCGGGCUCCCCCAUGUUUGACCGUAAAGAUGGUUGUGAAUAUGUCUUCAUCUGGAGGACAUCUGAGGCCUGCCCCAUCAGGAAGUCUCAAGGUGAUAACUGCCGGGUUCGUGACCCCAAGAGUGGCUACGAGUUCAACCUGAGUUCUCUGAAGGGUCAAGAUUACCCCAUCCGCAGUGAUAAGUACGUCUACCACCUGUCGGUCUGCGGGGGGCUCCAGAAAGGCAUCUGCACCCACAAAGACACAGGCCUUGAAACUGUCUCCUCCUGUCAAGCGGAAGGGGACAACCACAAGAUCGCAGGAAUGGCAUCCCAGGUUCUGAGCUAUGUGGGAGACCAGCUCAUCCUGAACUACACUAAUGGAGAGACCUGUCAUAAGAUAUACCAGAGAUCCACUGAGAUCUACUUCUCCUGCCACCCUGACAGGCAUCCUGGAACACCAGAGUUCAUCAAGGAGACUCCAGACUGCACCUACCUGUUCAGCUGGCCCACCGCUCUGGCCUGCGUCUCAGUCAAAACCACCAGCUGCUCGUACAAGGAUGAUCAGGGACACUCGUACGACCUUUCACCUCUGGCUAUGGACUCUCGAAACUGGGAGGUGGAGCACUCUACGGAGGACACGAAGAACCGAUUCUACAUCAACGUCUGCAGGUCGCUUGUUCAGCAGGGAGGUACAUGGAAGUGUCCCUCCAGUGCAGCGUCCUGUUUGAAUGUCGGAGAGGACUAUGUGGAUUUGGGGCAGGUGGAGUCUGGUCCUACAUGGGACAGAAGUGUCCUAAAGCUGCAGUACACCGGCGGCCAGGCGUGUCCCGAUGGAAGCCGCAACAGGAGCAGCAUCAUCCGCUUCAAGUGUGACAAAGACAAAGUGGACUCCCGGCCUACUCUGAUCUCUGCCAUUGAGGAAUGUGUGUACACCUUCCUCUGGUUAACGGCUGCGGCCUGCCCUCUAAAUACGACCCAACAUGACAACUGCAGGGUCACCAACCCUGCUACAGGUCAUUUGUUUGAUCUCAGCACCUUGACAAAAGAAGGAGGAUACACUGUGUACGAUCACGAGGAACACAGGAAGAUGUUCCGCAUGAACAUCUGUGGGAACGUGCUUAACGCUGGAUGCAGCUCUGAAACCGCUGUGUGUAUUAAGGAUGCCACGACCGUGGUGAGCGGCGGUCAGGUGAGCAGGAAACUGUCAUACAAGGAUCAGGUUCUGGAGCUGACAUAUGAAGGAGGAAGUCCCUGCCCGGCGAACCCCACCCUCAAACACAACACCAUCAUCCAUUUCAUCUGCAGGCCACCUAACAUGGACUCAGCCCCGCCAGAGCCAGUUCUCAUUGACUCGGACGCUGAGACCUGCACACACUUUUUGUCUUUCCACACACCUUUAGUCUGCGAACAGCCAGUAAAGUGUUCAGUCCAGAACGGCUCCGCUCUUAUAGACCUGACUCCUCUCAUCCACAUCAGUGGAUACUACACAGCAACAGACGAGGCAGUGGACCAAAGUGACGGAUCUCCAGACUUCUACAUCAACAUCUGCCAGCCUCUAAACCCCGUCCCCGGGGUCACCUGCCCCCCUGGAGCCGCCGUCUGUAUAGACCCUGACAAUGGACCGCCUGUGGACAUUGGGCGCACAACCAGCGGUCCUGAGAUCAACAGUGCAACAGGGGAAGUGUCCAUCACUUACAGCAGCUCCACCAAAUGUGCGGCUGAUCCUGCACAGAACUACACUUCGACCAUCAUCUUUACCUGCCAGAGAGGCCUGGAGCUGGGCUCUCCACAAAUGCUGAGGCUGCAGGGAUGUGUCUAUUUGUUUGAGUGGGCGACACCUAUAGUCUGUUCAGAUGCCACCCACACCAACACCAGCGGUUGCCAGCUCACCGACUCCCAGCUCCAGUUCACCUUUGAACUGUCCGCCCUCUCUGGUGAAGUCCAGGUACCAGCAAACUCCAGCAUCUACCACAUCAACGUCUGCGGCUCAGUGGCCGAGCCGGCCUGCAAGAACAGCACGGUUUGCCGGGUGUCUGGUUCGGGUUCAGACAAGUCAGCCUCAUCAUUUGGCAUCAGUAAGGCCAUGACGAUGGACUUCAAACAUGACGAGGAGGCUGUACUGAUGCAGUAUGGUGGGGGAGAUCCCUGCCCACCAGUGACAAAUGAGGGCGAAGUGUGUGUGUUCCCCUUCACUCUCAUGAAGAAGUCGUACACAGCGUGCACCAAAGAUGAAAGGACAGAUGGCAGGAUGUGGUGUGCCACCACUUCCAACUAUGACAGGGACAAGAAGUGGGGAUUCUGCAAUGCAGCCUCCGGUAAGCGUCAGUCCUCCAUAUUGUUUACCUGCGACCAGUCUGCAGGCCGCGGCUCUCCUCAGCUGCUCUCAGAGACGGCAGGUUGUUCAGCCACUUUCCAGUGGCGCACCAGCGCUGUUUGUCCACCAAUGAAGAUGGAGUGUAAGCUGGUCAGCCAGCAUCAGACGUACGACCUCCGAACCCUGUCCUCCCUCACUGAGCCGUGGAAGUUUAGCCACCGAGGGGAUUCGUACUUCAUUAACCUGUGUCAGGGUAUCCACGGUGGAUUGCCCGGUUGUCCAGAGGGAGCAACCGUGUGCCGGCGCACAGCAGCAGGAGUGACCCAAACCCUGGGUCGAGUUUAUACCCAGAAAAUGAGCAACACUGAUGGAAAGAUUACUGUCAGUUACUCAGCGGGAGGAGAUGUCUGUGGUAAUGGCGUGCAAGCCAAGACUGUGAUCCAGCUGAGCUGCGGCUCCACUGUUGGACAUCCGGCACUCAUCAGCGUUGAUGAUGCGUCAUGUGAGUUUGUGAUUGGCUGGGAGACUCGGUCGGCGUGUGCUGUGAAGCAGCGUGAGGUGACGAUGGUGAAUGGGACGAUACAGGUUCCCGACACCGGAGCCAGCAUCAGUCUGGGAACGCUUUACUUCAGCCACCAUCAGGCGACUGGAGACAUCCGUCCCAACGGUGACCGCUACAUCUACCACAUCCAGUUGUCUGGCAUCACCAACAACUCCCUGCCCACCUGUCUCGGUGCCAACAUCUGCCAGGUCAAACUCAACGCGCUCUACAGACGCAGGAUUGGCUCUUCCAGCAAGGCCAAGUACUACAUUAAAGGAGGAAACCUGGAUGUGAUGGUGCCCUCUGAGUCAGCAUGUGGCCGGGAGAAGACCAAAACGGUGUCGUCCACCAUCAUGUUCCACUGUAACCCCUCGGCAGGCGUCGGCAUCCCCGAGUUUAUGCUGGAGACCGAUGAAUGCCAGUAUCUGUUUGUGUGGCACACGGACGCUGUGUGUGGUCUGACAGCUGUUGACACAGGGUCCUAUGAUGACAGGGACAGCGUGGCUCCUGCUCUCUCCAGGCGGAGCCAGGCGGUGGGAGUGAUGCUGAGUCUCCUGCUGGUGGUUCUGUCUGUCUGUCUGCUUGGGCUUUUGCUCCACAAGAAAGAGAGGAGAGAGCUGGUGAUCCAGAAGGUUGCUGGCUGCUGCAGGAGAGGAAACCAAGUCUCCUAUAAAUAUUCCAAGGUCAACAUGGACGAAGAAGGGGGUGAAGAGGAGAUGGAGUGGCUGAUGGAGGAGCUCGAAGCACCCCCCACGUCCUCCUCCUCGUCCUCCCGCCGAGGGAAGAGUAACCACGGCAACGGUCACAUCAAGACCAAGCCAGUGAACACGGACGGCCUGCGCUCCUUCUCGUUGGAUGAACAUGACGACGACGACGACAGCGAGGACGAGGUGCUGAGCGUCCCGGGGGUGCGAGUGGUCAAAUCCUCCGGAAUCUCCAGGCACUCUGUGGCUCACCGCAGCCCCUUCCUCCAGGAGGAGAGUGACGAGGACCUGGUGGGCCUCCUGGACGAGUCGGACAGGAAGAGGAAGAGCAGCAAACCUCGUUCCUCAGGCCUUACUAACGGUAACAACACGGCGGCCAAUAGGAAACGGGACGAGGAUGACAGUGACGAGGACCUCCUCAGGGUGUGAUGUCACUUCCUCCUUCCCGUUCCCCUACCACAACCAGUCUGAACUCUUCUUUCUCAGUGAAUGUCUCCAUAACAGCAACAACAACAGAAACCAACAACAUAUUGAAAGCAGAAACCUUUCCACUCUUUUGGGAUCCUUUCUUUUUUUUUUGUUGGGCUGCACCUUUACUUUGCCUCAGACUCUAUCCAGUCCACCGUCUACAGACUGUCGAUGUUAGCACAUGGUUUCUUAUUUAUUGAUAGCUGAUUAUUUAAAGUGUUCUGCAGGCAGUUUUUUGACCUGCACCCUAUUUUGUCAUAAUUCUGAAAUGAAUUAAUGAGAUACUUCACUAUAGUUACUUCAGUCUUGCAACAUUUAUCUAAUACAGACUCUAAAAAUCAACCCCAGAGACAUAAAAGGCAUCUUCUUUAACAUGUUGACUCUGCAAUGUCAGUGAAAUGAUGUGAAUUAAACUUUUUUGGUUUUGAAAUUAAGUUGUGCCAUUUCUUUAGCACUUUAUCGCGGCAUUUGAUUAAGUUUAUGAAGUAUAAUACCAUGUCUCAUUACAACAAAUGCUUUGGCCACCUUUUGGAGUUGAUUUUUAAUGUAAGGCUUGUAUUUGAUAACUGUGGGUAGAUGUACAGUGAAGUAGCUCAAUAGUGAAACAAUUUAGCAGAUUUUUUGAGGAAAACAACGGCUAUCAAAGAAAAAACAAAAAGCAGGGGGAAACUGGUUUUGUUCCCUGGACGGGAGCGCUGAAGGUGUCGGCUUGUGUUGUUUCUAAAGGGAAUGAAGACACCCGUUUGUCUUUUCUUGCUGUUUACAGUUGCUAUAAUAGCAGAUGUCUUCUCUUUCUUUCCACUCGAAAAGAAAGCGCGAUGCCUUCCUGAUGAUGAACUUACUUUGCUUUUUCAUCGAUGAAUCAUGUCCGGCGACAGAUUGAUUUUUUGUUUUUGUCUUGUUUGGGUCAGAGACAUUGUACAUAGAAAAUAAUGUUCUAUAAUAUGGACGUUUUGUUUUUGUCUGUUCGUUGUAUUCACUGGUGAAUUGCUCACAUAUUUGUUUUUAUGAUUAUUUAAAUGCUUGUCUGAGCUGAUCAUCUGUAUGAAUCUCUGUUCUGUUUCGGAAAAAAAUAGAUGGCCUUAAGUGUGAAUGGACGGUCUACGAGGACGGAGGUUGAAAGUGAAACUUGAGAUGUUAGUUUAGGUUUGUGUUGGUUUUUGAAGUCCCCCCUGCCCCCCUCCCGCCAAAGCCAUAUUUCUACAGCCACCGCUGGCACUAAUGUGUUGACAUUGGGGGAAAAAAUGUCCACGCUUGCACGCUCUCGUACAUUAAAGGCUAAGUUUUGUUAUUCGGGUUUGUGAUCGUGGAUGUUGCUGCAGCAAAAGUGAAGUUUAACCGGUAAAGCAAAGUUUUUCUAGUACUGAAAUCCGCCCUUUUUAGCCAAAUGCAUGUGAUGAUGCGACAAAAGAAAGAUGUGAAGCAUUUAAGUAUCAAGAAUGCAGGUAUUAUUUACGUUUAACGUAUUUUCUGCUAAUGAUGAGAUCUAGGGCCCGAGGUAUUUUGGUAAAGUAAAUCAAACUGGCAGCAGUGUUCCAACAUAAGAGAGAUAUGAGUAAGCCUACACAGUAUAAACAGAGUAUUUGUAUGCCGUCCCAUUUGCAGAUUCUUUUCUUUGGUCCCAAAGUCAAAUCCAAUCAAACUCUUGUUCCUGCGACUAAACAUGAAAGAUUUGUCUCUGCUCCGUGUGGUGAUUAUCAUUCUCUGCUGUGUUUAUCAGUUAACUAAAUAAUAACUCUUUUCUAAGGCUGCACUACCUAUUAUUUUCAUUAUUGAUUAUAAACGUCAGAAAAAUUCAGAAAAGUGCCCAUCACAAGUCAUAAUAGUCCCAGGUGAUGUCUUCAAAUGUGUUCUGUCUGAACAUCAGUCUAAAACCCAAAGAUGUAGAGAAAAACAACCAACAUAACAUAGGAUUUUUGACAUUUGAUAAAUAACUUCAGCCUUAGUGUUUUCACAUUUCAAUCAGUAAAAGUUCAAUCUUGACCUUGGAAAUAGUGUUUUAACCCCCCAAAAGACUAACUCAAGGUCCACUUACUUGCUUUUUUUUUUUUAACGAUUUUAUCCUCUACGCACAGCAGAUUUGGCAUUUCCUUAGUUGUCAACUAGAAAGUCCAUUUGACUGCUAGAUGUGACUGAAAGCUCCGGAAAAGGUAGUAAGUUGGCCUUGAGUUAAGUUUCCUUUGUUAAAGUUUAGCUAACAGAUAUCAUUCAAACUGAAAAUCUAUUAGUAGUCUAUUAUCUAUAUUAUAAGUCAGAUAGUCAUCUAAAUCGAUUGUUGUCAAUAUUAUUUAGUUUCAGCUUCUCAAAUGUGAUUUACUCUGUUUUAUAUCUUUGUAAAAUAAACAUGUUUGGUUUAGGUUGGUCAAAACAAGAAAUUUGAAAGUAUCACCUUGGUUUCAGGGACAUUUCUCACAAUAUUUAACCUUUCUCGACACUUAAUUAAUCAUUCAACGAAGUGAUCAAUAGAUUCAUUUCUAAUGAAAAUAAUAAUUUGUUGCAGACCAUCCAGCUGCCUUCAUAAGUAUUUAUGUAAUGUACAUUUUUGAGAAAUUUACAGGUGUUUUAUUCCCACUUGGCCAAAUUAACUGAAUGAACCAACGGACUGCUCCACAGAUUGAUUUAUCGACUCCAAACUUACUUCCAGUGAAUGUACAACCUUGGGAGAGCACUUCGUGAUUUAUUGACAGUUUUUGUAAUGAUUUGCAAUCUCAAACACAUUGUACUGACACUAUGACUAUGUAUUACCUUAUGUACAUUAAUUACAUUGUGGACAGUACGAAGGGGAUAAAGUAAGUAAAUUCACUUUGGGGUUUUCUCAGUAUUCAAUCCACAGAAACUAAAGUUAUUAACCAUCAUGUGAUGCUCAAAUCUAGUAUCAAUCAAUAAAAGAACCAUUCAGGGUAUUUGUAAAGCUUUGUAAACUAAAUUUGGUAAAAAAAAGUAUUUGUAGGAUGCCAAACAUGGAAAAAAAACUUUAAAUUAGAAACAUCAGUAUUUUAUAUGGAUGAGUUCUGGAUGUGCCAUUAUGGUUAAAAAAGGGAGAAAAUCAUUAUGUUCCUGCCCCUAUUGCUGUGGUUCUAUUACUAUAUUCAGUAAUUAGUUUUCUUUUAUUUAUUAUCUCUGAGAUUAAAUACUGAAAUAAAUUUUUUCACAAGCAAUCUUCAAGUAAAAUUAUCUCUAGAAAGGUCGAGAAGUAGUGAAGCUUUGUUCACACCUUGCCCCAAAAUUCCCCUUAUGUAAUCAGUUCAUUUGUGAAGGUAUUUGUAGAAUAACCAUGGAAUUAACAUACUGUUCAGAAAUUAUGAAUAUGUUUUACUCAAAGUGAAAUCCAGAAUUUAGAGCAUAAAUAAACAUUUCCCCAAAAAACUAAUAAAUUACAGAUGAAAUGUCAAGAAUCCAUAUUUAUUAUUAAAGUAUCAUUCAAAGUCCAGCAAGAGUUGAAAUGAAAUCGAGCUCGUCGUUGGCUGGCCUGACGGACUUUUAUGAAAUUUACUUUUAAACCUCAGUUGUUGAAAGCUGAAAGCUUUUCACUUCCUGACCCUGUUGGAAGGAGGUUUGAACUACAUCUGCCUGUGUUUGUCACUUUGUAAUCGACUCAUCUCUCCCGAGGAGACGUCGUAGCACUCCUCAUUACAGAGAAGCAGAUGGCUCUGUUUAGUAUGUGAAGUCUUUGUUUCCAUCGUUGCAUUGAGUCUCUUUCUGCUGUAUUUAGCAACCAAAGCUAGUGUCUGCAUGGUGCUGUCCUGAACCUUCUCGUCCCUAUGAAGAUAUGAAUGGACAUUCUUGUGCUUUUGUUGUCUGCACUCGAGCAGAGAACUGCUUUCGCUUACGUGAAAUUAAUUCAAUGUCUGCGAUCGAGAUCAAGAGUCGAAUUCAAACGCAGACAAGCGUGGUCAGGCUAAAAAAAAAAGCACAAUACAUUUUUUGUGAUGAUUCGGUACUGUGGGAGAUCAUUAUUACGUUUUAGUUGGUGUAAGUUAUGUUGUCUGAUAUCUUUUUUUUUUUCCAGCUCUUUGCCUGUUUUCUUAUUUAAAAACAACAUUGAUGUAAAAAUAAAAUAUUGCAUUAUUUGAAUAAAUAAGAUCC